CCAAAUUUAAAAUUAGUCAUAUUUUAGGCCAGAACUGAAAUCUUGCAAAUUACGGAGCUGAAAUUGAAAUUCCGCGUCUAUUGGGACAAGAACUGCCAUUCGUGAGGGAAAGCAUCAGCAGAAGCGAACGAAAGUCCCAAGCACAGAAUACAUCAACACGCUCAAGUUUGAAGUUUGGUGUCCAUAAUAAUAUUUAACCAUUUUUUAGCUUUAACUCUGGUGGAUUUCUUCUGUCGAACUAAUUCAAUUUAGGGUUGGGAUAACCGAUUUUUCGGUUCUCGAUCGGUUUUUCCCGACGGACGAUCGACGGCUGAGACCUCUCUGGAGCCAUGUUCAAAAAUUUCUGGGGCUCUCAGGAUCAGCUAACUCAGCCACGGCCACAGGAAGUGCAUACCGACUCAUGGUAUCCUCCUUCUGUUGGGAGUACCGCCAGCUCAGCAAUGCCCGGCAGUUUUGGCUCAUCAAGACCAAAUGAUCGGCCGAGCACUCUCUCUAAUGUUUCACCAGCAGAGGCAGCAAGCAUAAUUUCCGUCUUGAAAGAUAAGAGUGUUGAUGAACUAAGAAAGCUGCUGUCUGACAAGGACGCUUAUCAGAAUCUGUUACUUUCAGUAGAACCUGUUAAAACCCAGAACAGGGUCAAAGAUGAACUUAGGAACGAAACUGUGCAGCUUGCAAGAGAGAAUCUGGAGAAAGAACCACGAAUAAUGGAGCUGAGGAAUCAGUGCAGAAUAAUCCGGACUACAGAGCUGGCUACUACUCAAGAAAAACUGCAUGAACUAGAGAAGAAGAAGGAAGAGACACUGAAGUAUUAUUCUCCCUCCUCUCUACUCAAUCGGCUUCAAGAUGCAAUGAACAAAACUGAAGAGGAAUCGGAGGCUCUGCACCGGAAGCUUCUUGAUAGAGAGAUUGAUCUUUCGGAUUUCGUGCAGAAAUACAAGAAAAUGCGUUAUGCCUAUCACAAACGCGCUUUAACUCAUCUUGCUGCAAAGACAACUGCAACUGGCUGAGUCUUGUUGUGCUACUCAAAUGUGUUGAUUCUUGUCUAUUUUAUGAAAACUGCCUUCGUACUUAAAAGUACGCGUUGUAUGAUUUGUUAUUGUUGUGUUGAUUUUAUAUAGUUUUUUUCUGUGUGUUCGAUUCUAUGUGUUUUUCCUAUUCAAAAGGUUAUUGUGGCAAUAAAUAUUUACAAAUUUCUCCAAUAGAGGAAAAAAAAAAAAAAGGUU